AGAAAAUGGCGACAGUUCCAGGACAGCUGAUCUGGGAGGUAGUGAAGAAGAGCAAUUGCUUUUUGGUGAAGCAGUUCGGAAGAGGAAAUACUGGAGUUCGGUUCAGCAAAGAGCCUAACAAUCUCAACUCCUACAAACACUCUGGGUUGGCAAACAAGAAAACAAUCACCAUUCAGCCAGGGGACAGAGAUCAGUCUGUGCUGCUAGCAACCACCAAAACUAAGAAGCAGAACAAGCCGUCGGCCUUGCUUCACAAAUCUGUCAUGAAAAAGGAGUUCCCCAGGAUGGUGAAGGCAGUAAAAGACCAGGUAUAUUGGAAGAGCCUUUUGAAAGAUAUCCAUUUAUUCUUUUUCUAGGUUUGCCUAUUGAUAUUUUGCUAUUUUUCAU